AUGGGUACGAAAUGAACUACAGACCCGUGCGCGGCAGUCUACACGGCUGCAACGCUGCACGCUGCACGCGGAAGGGACAACAGAAUGUCUGCUGAUCAGAAUAUCGCAGCUCCCAAAAAGAAGCAGGAGAAGAUGGCGCUGGGCGAUUUCCUGACGAACCAAUGUACGACGCUCCGCAUUCCCCAACCCUUCCCUACACCCGACGCCCUUGCGAUAUCGAGUCUAUCCGCCAAAGAAGAGGAGAUAUGCUGACUCUGAGGAUACAGCGCUCGGUUCAUGGGCUGACGAGAUGGACUCGGUCCCGGUGCCAGCUGCUCCAUCCGGCUACGGCGGCGCACGCGACCGCGAACCACCAUCUGAGCGCCGCGCUUUCACCCAGCCAAACUGGGGCGAGGCACGCACUGGCAGCGGCGUUGGCGGUGGAAUGAGCAUGGGAGGACGUGGAUCAAGUUUCGGCAAGUCACGAGCAGAGCACGCGAUUUGUGACAUAUUCUAAUUGGUCUUAGAUCGCCCAAGAUUCGAGCGCGAGGCUGUCCCUUUCCCCACCAAGCCACCGUACACAGCACAUCUCGGCAAUCUGGCAUACGAUGUCUCGUCCGCUGACGUCGAGAGCUUCUUGUCCGACUGCCAGGUGACGACUGUGCGCAUCAUGGAGGACAAGGUCGACCGCAAGCCCAAGGGCUUCGGCUAUGUUGAAUUCGCGACCCCAGAAGGGCUGCGUCAAGCCUUGAGCAAGACCGAGUCCAACUUCAUGGGCCGAAAUGUGAAGAUCAGCGUUGCCGAUCCACGUCAGUAUUGCAACAAUGUCCGGUAGUAUCUCGUGCUAACUUCCACAACAGCAAAGGACCGUCCGGAAUCCAACCGCGACUUCUCCGACUGGAGUCGAAAGGGUCCUCUACCAGAUCUUCCUCAGAAUACUCGGCAACCAUCCAACCGAGGAUUCAACCGUGGCGGUGGUUUCGACAACAUGUCUGAUGCUGGUAGCGAGCGUGGCGGUCCACCAGGCCGGAAGCCAGGUUUCUUCGAGAACGACGGAAAAGUUCGCGACUUCUCCAAUUGGGAACGCAAGGGUCCAUUGUCACCUGUUCCGGGAAGCGGACCACCAGUCCGUGACGGCGGGAGGUUGAGAGAAGGCGGACCUCCAGGAGACGAGAGAAGAGCCAGCCCUGCCUGGGGCGAGGGCAGGUCAGAUGCUGGUUCAAGGCCUCCACGGAAAGAGUUCGAGCCACGACCUGAGCGCGCCCCCACCGCAGCCGAGCAGGAUAGCCAGUGGCGUGCCAGAAUGAAGCCAGACCCUUCUCCAGCCGCGACGCCGGAUGUCUCUACACCCACCUCGCCAGCCCAAGAAGCGCCCAAGGAGCGCCCACGGCUCAACCUGGCCAAGCGCACCGUAUCCACAGCUGAUCCAGAUUCGGCCUCCGCCUCGUCUGAUUCCAAGGCGUCCCCAUUCGGCGCCGCACGUCCUAUUGACACAGCUACGCGUGAACGUGAGGUCGAGGAAAAGCGUGAGCUCGCGAUUAGGCAGAAGAAGGAAGCUGACGACAAGACCAAAGAAGAGAAGGCCGCCAAGGAUGCAUCGGCAAGAGAAGCACGUGCCGAGCGUGCAGACCGUGGCCAAGCUCAGCAGGAGGGCGAGAAGGUUACUUCACCCACGGGUGAGCGAGCAGAACGCGGAAAUCGCCGACCAUCGCGUCAACAAAACGGCUCCAAGGGUCAGGCCAAGGAGAACGGUGAGGGACAGCAGCAGUCACGGGCGAGCUUCAGCAUACUGCAGCGCGAGGAGGGUGAAGAGGGCGUCGACAUGGAUACUCCAGACGCUCCGGCUAACGGAACCAUCAUCGACGACAAGGAGACCAAGCCGCAGGAGCCGGUCGUGCCCGUCGACGCGGCGAAGAAUCCCGAGGACACGGCCCAAGCGAUGGAGGAUGAAGGCUGGAGCACCGUAGCCGCGAAGCCUAAGAACAAUCGCCGUGCAGGUGGUCGAGCUAUCGCUUCUUAG